GCUACCAUGGCUGAGGAUAUUUGGACCCUUAAUCUGGUAUGCGAGGGGGCAGCUCGAGGACAGGAAAAUGUACAAAGGGAAAUGGACAGAGAUGAGAUAUGCUUCUUCAACUUGGUUGUGCUGAUCGAGGAAUAUGGGUACACAUCAAUUGACUAUCUAUAUUACAAGAAAAAGGAUAAUUUGGUUGCACUACAAUUGGAUACAGAUGUGAUGAAAAUGCUUGAAGAGAACGAGAGCAAGAAGAAUGUUAGCUUGUUUGUGACAAGACAGAGAAUAGCCACCAUAGCACCGACCAAGUCCAACAAAGAACCAUUCAAAUCUGCAGCGAAUAAAGCUAAAGAGAAAAGUGGCAGAAAGAAAAAGCAGCAACUGAAUAUAAUUCAAUCCAAAGAACAAUAUGCCAAUGAGGCUGACCACCAGCUUGCUGAUGAUGACAUCCAAGAAACACCAGGUGAUGACAAUAAAGUAACCAAGCGAAAGGGAACAAUUUUGGCGCAUGUUUGGGACUUACCAGAGGAAAACCAAAUAUUAGUGAAAUGUAACCAGUUUGGGCAACCUAUUGGAAAAGAAGGUGGUCUAUUAGGGCAAUUCUUGGGCACCAUAGCACGAAAUGGUGGUUAUUGUCCUUUACAUAUCAAAGAUUGGAGAAAGGUAAAGAAUGAUAAUGCUGAAAUCAUAUUUCAAUGCAUUCAGACCAAGUUCUUGUAUCCACGCUCAUGUGAGAAGUGGAUACUGAAGUCGAUCGGUAGAGAUUGGAGAAAGUACAAGGCAACACGAAAAAGUAAGCUAUAUAAUCCAAAGAAGAAAAGGACAGCUUUGUACAAGCUCUGUCCAGAUGAUAUUGAUGAAGAUCAAUGGAAAGCCCUAGUAAAAUAUUGGAAGUCAGAAGAAGGAAAGGCCCUUAGUGAGAGGAACAAAUUAAGUCGUGAAAUGAAGAAGACAACACAUACAGCAGGUACAAAGAGUUAUGCGCGUUGGUUCGAGGACUUGGUGAGCCCCUUUUUCUAUUAA